AUGGACCAAGACGGGGUCGGCUCUGCCCAUGAUGGCAGACCAUUACCAACACCACCAACCCUGUUCCCCGAAUACACCAAACCCGGAGGUGUAGGAUAUGUUUACCGCGAUUUAGAGUUCUGGACCUCUGGCUUCUUCCCUGGGUGUUUGUAUCUCCUUCUGGAGCGGCAGCGGAAAUAUGCACACGAGGCCCGCCAUAUAGGCCAAUCAUCUACAGAAUAUGAGUUACAUGAGCUCCAGCUGCAGUUCGCAUGCAAAUGGUGGACAGCUAGCCUCUACCGAAAUGCGAAAUUGAAGACCACGCACGAUCUUGGAUUCAUGAUUGCUCCAUGGGCUCGGGCGGCUUGGGAGCUCGAGAAUGACGUGAAGGGUUUCGAUACUGUGAUUACAGCAGCAGAAAGUCUGAUGACUCGUUACAGUCCAGUAGUGGGAUGUAUUCGAUCGUGGGAUACAUGUAUCACCAAGAGAUAUUCGUUUCAGGACCCGGAAAAAGAUUUCUUGGUUAUAGUAGAUAACUUGAUGAAUCUUGAUAUGCUAUUUUGGGCUGCCGCAAAGUUGCAGGACAAUUCCAUGUACGCCGCGGCGCUCAGCCAUGCCAAAAUAAGCCAGCAUUGUCAUGUUCGAGCUGAUUGUUCAACUGCGCACGUAGUCGUCUUCGAUCCUGGAAAUGGUGCUAUCAAGUCGGUAUUGACAAAUCAAGGGUACGCCGAUGACUCCUGUUGGUCUCGCGGUCAGGCUUGGUCAAUUGCCGGAUUUGCACAGACAUACCACUGGACUAAAGACUGCACAUUUCUCGAAACAUCCAAGGCUUGCGCAGAUUACUUCGUAGAGCACUUACCUGAAACUGCUAUUCCCCCUUGGGAUUUCCAAGCGCCUAGGGACGAGCAGCAACCUACGGACACUAGCGCAGCUAUGAUAGCUAGCUAUGGAAUGCUGCUGAUUCACGAAAUAGAAACAGCUGCUGGAAGGUCGAGUGCAUAUCUCCAGCACGCGCUGAGAAUCACAGAGGCCGUUUGCGCUUCUCAUGUCAACCAUCCGGCUAAAUUUGUUAUGGAGGAGGAGUUUGUCGAGACACCUGAGCUAGGAAGUUUAGGCGACCAGAAAACGAUGGCAGUUGACAUGGGAAAGGGCGCCGAAACGAUAUUGAACGGUGCCACAAUCAACAACUAUGAAUUUGCUCCACGCAGAUGGGCGAACCACGGAUUGGUGUAUGCGGAUUACUUUUUUCUGCUCGUGGGAAAUAAACUACUUGAGAUGGGCCUUGGAGAGAAACUUGUUAUAGCUGAAGGGUUCGGAGUCACACAGGGAAGAUGA